AGCACCAGGUUUCUCCUAGUUCGCAGGUCGAGCAAUAAUCUUGCACAUCUUGCAAGUAAUAAAAGAGGAGAAAUUAUAGGUGUGGAGGACUGUUUUAAAAUGAGUCUUUCCAUCACACGGACUCUUUCAAAGCAGCAUGAAGGCAACCGGGGAUUCAGAGCUCAGAGGCCGUAUGAUUAUCUUUACGAUCCAGUUUUCUCAGUGUCGGGGGAGAUGGAUCAUGUGCGAGCGAGCUGUAGGGCUCAGGGCUCAGUGGAUUGUCUGAAAAAGGUUCCUGAGUUUAACUCCAUGUUCAGUGUUCUCCCACACUACCCAAGUUUCACACUCCGCCUGCAUGCUUCUGAUCCUGUUCCUGCUUUCAUCGACCGCCGCUGGAGAGGACAUGCUGAGCAGAGGAGAGAGACACUGCAGACACUUGCAGGGUGUUCAGGUGUUCAGCUGCACAAACCCAUACAUGACGUCGUCAAUGGAGCAGACCGCUGGAAGUUUUUUAAACGGCCACUUGUUCCAUUUACUCAACAGAUCCCACCUGACGUCAUUUUUACAGUACCCAAAAGUGACCCCCAGAUUGCUCAACAAGAAGGCUUUGGGGAGUUGGAAAGCUAUUUCCAACGCUCAGUCGGGAUUCAGACAGAUUACCGUGACAGCGAGACUCAGACUGAUCCUUACAGCCCUGAAUACAUAAUACGUCCAGGAGCAGGCAUUCCAGAAAUCCUCACUUUGGCCACAUUCUCAUGGGGUCGGGGGCUUCCUGCUGGCCUGGACGAGGUAGAGAUGAUCGAAAGAGCAAGGAAUAAGAGAGCCUGGGAGGCCAUGCUACCACCCCUGAAUGAUCUCAGUCAGUUGGACAAGAGGAAGAGAAUGAUGGAUGAGAUGGAGAGGGAGGAGUGGGCUUUCAGGGAACGAGAAAUCGAGAAGCUGCAAGAGACCCGCUUAGCUCUUCUUUUGCGUUGUAUACGGGACAGAAGUUCAAAACAAGACAAAGUUAAAGCACAGCAGCUGGAUGAGCGUUUUUCACAGCAUCAAAGAGAGAAACGAGAAAGACUCCAGAAAAUACGCAAUAACUACACUGUCUCUUUGCGAAAACUCUUGGCAAAGAGAAAGAACGUGGAGGGGAAGUUGAUAAAAGAGGACAUUAUCAGUAAGCACCUGGAUUUCGGUUCUGAGGUGUACGCUCCUCUCUCACGCCACGGAGUGUUUCCUGAACUACACUCUCAACGCAACAUCGUCAAGAACCAGUUCCUCGAUACCUACCAAGGUCUGUUGGAGCUGGAGGCAGGACUUUUACCUUCAAUUCUGGAGCCACAAAUAAAAGCCCCAAAGCUGAAAAAGAAAAAAGACUUCAUCGGUCGUUCAGAGCGCAUGGAAAUUGAGUUAAUGCAGGCCCACCAGGCAUUGAAAGACAAGAAGGUCCAGGUGGAGGAAAAGAAGCCUCUACGCUUUCUCCAUAGAGUGGAGAAACCAGUCCCUCGUCCCCUAACACCUGUGGUAGACGUGCCUCCUGAGGGAGAAGAGGAAAAGGAGCUUGCUGUUAUUUUUCUACAGAAGCUGCUCAGAGGCAGAUCUGUCCAGAACCAGAUGUUGGAAGGCAUACAGAAGCAACUGGAGCAGAUCCAGGAGCUCACCACCCAUGCUCUACAGAAGGAACAGGAGGAACUACAGAGAGCAGAUAAACAGGUCACACUGGCCCUGCAGAGAGAGGCAGCAAUCUGUGAGAGUAGGAUGUCUCAGGCUCAGAGCUAUGCAGAUGGACUUUCACAAGAGGCGAUUGGCGAAAUGCUGGAUUUCCUGGCGAAGGAGCUGGUCCGCCUGCAGGAGGAAAGAAGGAUCCAUGCUUUCAUGCUCCUGGCAGAACGAGACCGCAACCUUCGCGAGGCCAAAGAGAGUGGGCAGAGACAGAUGGAGGAGCGGAGACGUAGAGAGGAAGACGAGAUCUUUAGACAGAUGAUGAAUGUGCACCAGUCUACAGUGGAUCUAUACCUGGAGGAUGUGAUCCUGGACAGCACUGACCAAACGGCCGACACUCAGGCCAGAGAAGAAAUACACCGCGUGGCAGAGGAGCUCAAUAACGUCACCUACGCUAUGGAGGAAAUGAGGAACAAUGUGCAGUCAGAGGAGAUUGUAGCUCAACUUGUCUACAGCUUCCUCAUUCCUGACAUAUACAAGUCCACAGUCCGUAACAGAGUGAAGCAGAGUGAAAGGAGGCACUUGAAUGCAGCACGGACUCUCAUCCACGGCACUGACAGCUCCUCUACAAGCCCUGUGCCCCCCUCUCCUCUGACCAGAGCCGCCACCUCAGUGCUCUCUCAGAUAGUCGAGCAGGUGGUAGAGACGACACAGGACACCGAUCACCAUAGUGAAAAUGAACAAACUGAUUAAGGAAUAUAGGUGACGUCACGUCUGGCUGAAACAUGAAUAGUAAUAGAUCAAUCACCAAAUAAAACAGUGCAUAUAGUAA